AGCUUUGCAGCCUAAGGGGGUUGGGGGAAGCCCCCAAGGAGGCCUUGUCUGGGCCAGCUGAGAGCUUUGGGGUGAGGGCAGAGCAUCUCUGGGGGGAAGUUCCAUCCCACCCGCAGUGGGGCUCCUUGGCCUUUUGGAUUGUGGGGGGCAGUGGCCCUCCUUGGCGGCCCCCUGAAGAACGGACCGAGAGGAGCUGGGCCAGAGGCGACCUGGAAGUCGACAAAGCCUGGUGCCCCCUCCGCAGCAGCAUGGCGUCUCUGGCCCCGGGGACCGGCCGCCCCUCCUCGCCUGCCCGGCAGCCCCGCUCAGCGACUGGAGAAGCCCUGCCAGCCCCAGCCGGCCAGCCCCACCUCUGACCUGCCCACGGCCCCUCCCCUCCCGGCCGGUGCUGCGUGCCCCGUGAGCCCUCCCCAUGGAGAGGAUGAGCUGGCUGAGCAAGCUGAACCCCCACCGGGCAGCCGGCCAGCGGGGCAGCCGCAGCGCCAGCCUGCAGAGCCCGGUGACCGCAGACCCCGAAACCUGCCUCAUGGUCUUCAAGAACCACUGGGCCCAGGUGCUGAGGAUCCUGGAGAAGCGGGGCGCCCGGGCGGCCCCCGGGGCGGCGGAUGACCUGAGCGCCGUGCGCAACAACACCUACCAGAUGAUGACGCUGCUGGCGGAGGAGCCCCCGCGGGCCGAGGGGGCCGCGGGGCCCAUCCUGGAGCUGGUGGUCUCCGAGCGGGUGCUGGAGCGGCUGCUGGCCUGGCACCUGCAGCGGGGCAGCGUCCCCGAGGAGCGCAAGGUGGAGCUGCUGAAGCUCUUCGAGAUGCUGACCGGCCAGGCCCGCCAGCCCCUGCUGCGCCACCCGCCCCUGCUGCGCCCGCUGCUGCGCCUGCUGGGCCUGUGCGCCGGGCCGGCCUCCCCGCGCCUGGAGAGCAGCCUGGUGCUGCUGCUCAGCCAGCUCUGCGUCUCCGUGGCCAAGGAGCCCCCGCUGCUGGAGCUCUUCUUCCACCGGCCGGCCGCCCAGCCGGGCCCCCCCCGCCUGCUGCUCUUCUCCCUGCUCAUCCCCUUCAUCCACCGCGAGGGCGGGGUGGGCCAGCAGGCCCGGGACGCCCUGCUGCUCCUCAUGGCCCUCUCCGCCGGCAGCCCCACCGUGGCCCACUACAUCACCGACAACUCCUACUUCUGCCCGGUUCUGGCCACCGGCCUGAGUGCCCUCUACUCUUCUCUGCCCCGCAAGCUGGAGGUCCGGGGGGACGACUGGCACUUCCUGCGGCGGGAGGAUUGGGCGGGGGUCCCCUCCCUGGUCCUCUUCAUGAACUCCCUAGAGUUCUGCAAUGCUGUCGUCCAGGUGGCCCACCCCAUGGUUCAGAAGCAGCUGGUGGAUUACAUCCACAACGGCUUCCUGGUGCCCGUCAUGGGCCCUGCCCUGCACAAGAGCUCCAUCGAAGAGAUGAUCGCCAGCACGGCCUACCUGGAGCUCUUCCUGCGCAGCGUCAGCGAGGCGGCCCUGCUGAAGACCUUCCUGCGCUUCCUGCUGCUCCACCGCCACGACAGCAGCACCAUCCUGGACACGCUGGUGGCCCGCAUCGCCAGCAACUCCCGGCUCUGCAUGGUCUCUCUCAGCCUCUUCCGGACUCUGCUGAGCCUCCACUGCGAGGACGUGCUGCUGCAGCUGGUGCUCAGGUACCUGAUCCCCUGCAGCCACGUCAUGCUGAGCCAGAAGAGGGCCGUGAAGGAGCUGGACCUCUACGGCCGGGCGGCCGCCAAGUUCCUCUCGCUGACCCCCCGCUGCUGCCGUCCCGAGAGCCUCCCUCCGCCCGAGCGCGAGGAGGAGCAGCAUGCGGCCUGGUCCAAAGGCCACGGCAGCCCCAGCGUGGACGCCUCCUCCUCCAUCGUGACGGUGCCCAAGCCCUCCACGCCUUCCCGCCUCGCCUUCUUCAUGCGCCAGUCCAGCUUCAGCGCGGAGGCCUCCAGCCCCACCCCCCGCUCGCCGGGGACGCCCACGGGAAGCCCCGGCCACCCUUCCGGCCGCUGGGAGGAGCUCUCUGAACUGGAAGGCAACUACCUGGAAUACUUGCGGGACGCACGGCUCAACAUUGACCACUGCGUCUGGGCCUGCCACGUGUGGUCUGCCCCCUAUGACGGGGAGGAGCCGAGUGCCAGCAGCCUGGCCCCGCCCCCGGACCCCUCUCUGCCCCUCAACCAGGACUACUUGGGCUCCACCUCCUUCCACGCCAGCGGGCACCCCGGCCACACACCUGCCUCCCCCCGGACUAAGAAAAGAGGGCCCCCGGAGGAGGGGGGGGCCAGCCCCGAGGGGGCCCCCGUGGGCCCGGAGCCCAGCGCCCCCGCCUCCUCCCUCGGCGCCAAGGAGCUGAGCGCCUUGCCCAACGGUGCCCACGCCGACCUGGGCGUCAAGAAGGUCCGCUGGGGCCCCCAGGGGGCGGUGGUGGAGAACGGCUCUGCCGCCAGCCCCCCCGCCCUGGGGCCGGCCUGCCCCGACUCCCUGCUGGACGAGCUGCUCACCCAGGCCCCUGCGGAGAACGGCUCCAGCCUGACCAUCGAGAAGUUCACGGCCGAGCUGAGCCAGCUGGAGGAGGAGAUGGAGAACGGGGGCCGGGCAGAGGAGCCCUCCGCCCCGGGGGCCUCGCUGGAGCCAGAGCCCCUCUCCCGCGAGGAGGAGGAGGCCUACCAGCGCUUCUCCUCCUCCUCCUCCCUCCCGGAGAGCGGAGGGGGGCCGCCCAGGCCUGCCGACCCCCUGGCCCAGAUCGUCAGCAGCCCCCCGCGGGCCCCCGCCCAGCCCCCCAGCCAGCCCUUCACAGGGCCCUUCAUGGCCGUUCUCCUGGGCAAGCUGGAGAACAUGCUGCAGAACUCCCUCUACGUCAACUUCCUGCUGACGGGGCUCGUCUCCCAGCUGGCCUGCUACCCCCAGCCCCUGCUGCGCUCCUUCCUGCUCAGCACCAACAUGGUCUUCCAGCCCAGCGUCAAGUCUCUCCUCCAGGUCCUGGGCUCGGUGAAGAACAAGAUCGAGAGCUUUGCGGCCAGCCAGGAGGAUUUCCCUGCCCUGCUCUUCAAAGCCAAGAAGUACCUGAUUGCCCGCGGGAAGCUCGACUGGUCCGACGCUCCGAACAACUCGGUGCCCUCCCUGCGCCGCUCCGAGACCCUGGUGAAGAGCCGGAAGCCGUCCAUUGGGGAGCUGAUCAUGCGCCACACCAACAGCCCCACCCGGGCGCGCCAGGCGGCCCAGCUGGCCCUCCAGCACCUGCGCGAGGGGCAGGCCCUGCACGCCCUCUCGGGGGCCUCGCUCUUCCGCAGCUCGGCCGAGAAGCAGAGCGAGGCGCUGCGGGUCAAGAACGCCGUCUACUGCGCGGUCAUCUUCAGCGAGUUCCUCAAGGAGCUGGCCGCCAUCGCCCAGGCCCACGCCGUCACCUCCCCCUUCCUGCUGGAGCCGCCCGCCCAGGAGUGACUGGUCGGCGGCCCCCCACUGCCCCCCUCCCCACUGGCAUCUCCCCUCCCCCUCGGCUUGGCACUGCCGGGUCUGCACUAAAUGGGGAGCCGACGGGGUGGUCCCGGGGGUGGGUGUGUGUGUGUGUGUCUUUUUAAAACUCCAUACCAGGACAAGGACCUUUUUAAUUUAUUGGGAAUGAAUGUUUUUCUGGAGAACUUGUUGCAAUAUGUAUAAAAGAAGCUGUCUCUCUC